AUGUCGUUCGAUACAGGGCCACUACCAAGUAAGCCAAUUAAGCGAUUUUUCAGCAAAGACAAGCAAAAGCAACUGCAAAAGGUUGAAGGCAUCCUCAAAUUUGUUACCUCCAAUCCGAAACUUCGAACUAGUGAUUGCGUAGUCGAAUUUCUAAUGCCAGAUCAACAAGCAGACCGUUCUUAUGACGAAGCUAAUUUAGAACAUCGUGCAUCAUCGGCUGUGGAUUUAUACAAUAUUACUCACGCUAAUCAAAAAGCUUUAUUAAAUGUUGCGGCUUCCGUAAAUAUGCGAUCACCGUCUUCCUCUCCAAGACAAUCACCGAUUAUUUCCCAAAGAUUCUUUACACGUCGAGGUUCAGCCACUCCUAAAGCUACUACUGCGAAAGAAAAUCAAGAUGUUGUCUUUAAAGAAGAGGAUAAACCAACUAUGAUUCUAACAUGGAGGAAAGAUAAAUAUAUUGUAGCAGCUGGAACUAUCGAAAAAUUAGUUGAACAAUUGACCUGUGAGGACAGUGCAGACGUCGGCUAUGUUAAAGCUUUCCUUCUUGGCUAUCGACACUUUGCUAAACCGGAAGCAGUACUACAAAUGCUGCUAUCUCGAUAUCUUUAA